AUGGAAACUAUCUUAAAAGAACUUCCCAUAGAUAUUGUUGACCAGGUGCCACUUGACUAUAUGCACCUCAUCUGUCUGGGUGUUGUGCGCAAGCUUGUACUCCUUUGGCUGAAAGGUGAUAAAACCUACCGCAUUGGAAGUGCAUCAAGAGAUUCUGCGUCGGGAGCUAACAUUGAAAUGAGGCACUAUGUACCAUCAGACAUGUCUCGGAAGCCACGCAGCUUGUCCGACAUUGAUAGGUGGAAAGCGUCAGAAUUUCGCUUGCUUGUACUUUACACGGGGCCAGCGGUGCUGAGGUCAAGGAUCCCCAAGCCUCUGAUGGACAACUUCAUGACACUUCACUGUGCAGUCACCAUACUUUGCAGCCCAUUACUUUGUAGAGAGCACUUAGGGUAUGCAGAAAGGCUCUUAAGGCAUUUUGUUGAGACCUACAUAACACUAUAUGGUAGACAUGCAGUCUCUCACAAUGUUCAUGGCUUGAUUCAUGUGGCAAGCGAUGUAAGAGUUCAUGGACCUCUUCACAACUAUAGUGCUUUCCCAUUCGAAAAUUACAUGCGUAAACUCAAAAGCUAUGUACGCAAACCAGAAAGGCCCUUGCAGCAAGUCUACAAUCGAAUCGUAGAAGAACGAAUUUUGGUUGCAUCUCCUGCUGUCAACACUGGAGAGUCGGCAGCGUCGACUCCACAAAGGACUGCAGCUUAA